AAAGAGUACGUCAACGACUUUCGAAUCGAAAUGACUGAUAAAAUGUUGUCAACACUUUCGUUAUUAUUGUUCUGCCAGUUACUCAUUGUGACAACGGUAAAUUGUGACAAAUCUAUUGUUGCAUCGCAUAGCGGCCUGGUGCAAGGUGUACCGCUGAGAACGCUGCUGGAGAAUAAAGAGUAUAUGGCGUACAGGGGAAUUCCCUAUGCUAAACCACCCGUUGGUGAUUUAAGAUUCAAGGUUCCCGUUCCAAUUGCACCAUGGCAAGGAAUCUAUCCAGCAACAGACUACGGAAACUCCUGUCUGGUGCUGGAACAAUCGAAUUUUUUCCCAUGGAACAGUACCCAGAGUGAAGAUUGCCUUUACCUGAACGUCUUUACGCCCGUUACAUCACGAAACAAGCUCAACGCCAAGAAGGCUGUCAUGUUUUUCAUCCACGGUGGUGCGUUCACCGAAGGCGAUGGUACGAAUGGAUUUUACGGUGCUGAUUUUAUUGUCGAAGAUGAUGUGGUUCUGGUUACCAUUAAUUAUCGGUUGGGACCGUGGGGUUUUGCUAGCUUCGACAUUGAAGGAUACACCGGCAAUAUGGGAUUCAAGGACCAACAAAUGGCUUUGGAAUGGACACACCGGAACAUCAAAUACUUCGGUGGUGAUCCGAACCUUAUCACCGUUUUCGGUGAAAGUGCCGGUGGAGCUGCAGUACAUUUGCAGAUGCUAUCAAGUAAAUCGCAAAAAUUGAUGAAACGUGCAAUACCAAUGAGCGGUUCAGCAUUCACAACAUUCGCCCACUAUCCGCCAAACAAUCAUGUUGAACUCUUUAAACAAACCUUUGGAUUGGACGCUGGGGCGACCGGACACGAAGUAUUACAAUAUUUGUUGGAUGCGCCCGUUGAAUUAAUUUUGGAGAAGACACCAGUUAUCACAUUGGAUCGUAAUGUGAUCGGAUUGUAUUUUACUUCAGUGAUUGAAGAUCCGAAGAAAGCUGUAAAUCCAUUCCUAACUCGUACACCACGAGACAUCUACAGAACAACCAAUGUAAAUGUUGAUGCAAUGAUCGGUGUUAAUACCGCAGAAUUCAUCGUAGUCUUCAAUCCAGCCGAUCCAUACUCUUGGAUCGAACCAAUGAAAAACUACUCCAACAUUGGAUUACCCUUCACCGGAUUGACAUUGUCGCCAGACUCACCGGUGUACCAAGAGGCAGCAGAGAAAAUUUACAAAUUUUAUUUCGGCGAUCGAGAAUUAGAACCGACCGUUGAGAAUUUGGACACUUUCUUGGAAAUGGGCACGGACAUGAAUUUCAUUUAUCCCGCAUAUCAGUCGUUAAGAUUCCAUUCAGCUCGAGCGAAUACAUUUUGCUAUUUAAAUGAUCUGUCGUUGAACUUGAAUGCUGUCAAAAUUACGGAAAACAUAGAAUAUUUGGAUGGGAUGGCACACUUCGAAGAUUUGCAAUAUUUAUUCUGGUCGAAAAAGUACGCUCAACUCUAUCAGAACGUAUUGGCGAAUCCGACCGAUCCAAUAAACCAGAAAACGAUCCGAGCUCUAAAUUUUGUGCCGAAAAUGUUUACCAAUUACGCCAAAAAAGGACGACCGACCGUCUUUGGAGGAUAUAGCGAAUGGUGUAACGCUUGCACUCUAGUCACCAAUGAUGGUCCAGUACCAAUGUUCGGUCUGAGAAAGAAAAAAAUGGAAUUUUGGGACCAGAUCUAUGACAGCGUCAAACCGUGGAUUGUGAAUCCGUUCUAAGGGAACGUGUGUGGAACGUGAUUUAUUUUGUUGCCACAAUUAAACAUUCCUUUGGAUCACGAA